AACAGAGAGCAAGGAUGAAGCCAUCCUGGCUGCAAUGUCGCAAAGUUACAGGCGCCGGGACGCUUGGGACGCCCCUGCCAGGGUCCCCUUCAGCAAGAGGAGCCGGUGCAGCCCGAAGGGCUUUGGUGACCAGUCUCGGGGGCCGGGGCUGCAGAGCUCUGGCCACCUGCAGUGGUGGCGAGUAUAAGAGCCAUUUUGCAGCCUCUGUGACAGACCCUGAGAGGUUCUGGGGCAAAGCUGCUGAACAGAUCAGUUGGUACAAGCCCUGGACCAAAACGUUAGAGAGCAGAUACCCGCCUUCCACUAGUUGGUUUGUGGAAGGGAUGCUUAAUAUCUGUUACAACGCUAUUGACCGGCACAUUGAAAAUGGUCAAGGGGAUAAGAUUGCUAUCAUCUAUGACAGUCCUGUUACAAACACUAAAGCGACUAUCACCUACAGGGAAGUCUUGGAGCAGGUCUCUAAGCUGGCUGGUGUCUUGGUCAAGCAUGGAGUCAAGAAAGGUGACACUGUGGUCAUUUAUAUGCCCAUGAUCCCACAAGCAAUAUAUACCAUGCUGGCAUGUGCAAGGAUAGGAGCCAUCCACAGCCUCAUCUUUGGAGGGUUUGCAUCCAAAGAACUAAGUACCCGCAUUGAUCAUGUUAAGCCCAAGGUGGUUGUUACAGCAUCAUUUGGCAUUGAACCUGGGAGAAAGGUAGAAUAUGUCCCUCUUUUGGAAGAAGCACUGAGAAUAGGACAACAUGGACCAGACAGGGUUCUCAUUUACAAUCGUCCAAAUAUGGAGAAAGUUCCUUUGAUGUCAGGCCGUGAUCUUGAUUGGGAAGAAGAAAUGGCCAAAGCUCAGUCACAUGACUGCGUGCCGGUUGUCUCAGAGCACCCGUUGUACAUUCUCUACACAUCUGGAACUACGGGGCUGCCUAAGGGUGUGGUUAGACCCACUGGGGGAUAUGCUGUAAUGUUGAACUGGACAAUGUCUUCCAUAUAUGGCCUCAAACCUGGAGAGGUAUGGUGGGCAGCUUCUGAUUUAGGCUGGGUUGUUGGACAUUCCUAUAUUUGCUAUGGGCCUCUUCUACAUGGAAACACAACAGUUUUAUACGAGGGAAAGCCUGUGGGAACGCCAGAUGCUGGUGCUUAUUUCCGUGUGCUUGCAGAGCAUGGAGUGGCUGCCUUGUUUACAGCACCAACUGCAAUUAGAGCAAUCCGUCAACAGGACCCUGGGGCAGCCUUGGGGAAGCAGUACUCUUUGACAAGGUUCAAGACACUGUUUGUGGCGGGGGAAAGGUGUGAUGUGGAGACCCUGGAGUGGUCCAAAAAGGUCUUCAGAGUCCCUGUUCUAGACCACUGGUGGCAAACAGAGACUGGAUCUCCAAUAACAGCAUCCUGUAUUGGACUGGGCAACUCUAAAACACCUCCACCAGGGCAGGCAGGAAAAUGUGUUCCGGGGUUCAAUGUUAUGAUUUUGGAUGACAACAUGCAAAAACUGAAGGCCCGAAGCUUAGGAAAUAUUGUGGUAAAGUUGCCAUUACCACCUGGAGCUUUUUCGGGACUUUGGAAGAAUCAGGAAGCUUUUAAGCAUUUAUACUUCGAGAAGUUUCCUGGCUACUAUGACACUAUGGAUGCUGGCUACAUGGAUGAAGAAGGUUACCUAUAUGUUAUGUCUCGGGUGGAUGAUGUAAUAAAUGUUGCCGGCCACAGGAUUUCUGCAGGUGCUAUUGAAGAGUCUGUCCUUUCCCAUGGCACUGUGACUGACUGUGCUGUGGUUGGCAAGGAAGACCCUUUGAAAGGUCAUAUCCCCUUAGCACUCUGCGUGUUGAAAAAAGAUAUAAAUGUUACAGAAGAACAAGUUCUGGAAGAAAUUGUGAAACAUGUGAGACAGAGCAUUGGUCCUGUAGCUGCGUUUCGAAAUGCUGUUUUUGUCAAACAGUUACCCAAAACAAGGUCUGGUAAAAUACCACGGUCUACACUGUCUGCCUUGGUCAAUGGCAAGCCUUAUAAGGUCACUCCUACUAUCGAGGACCCCAGCGUUUUUGGUCACAUAGAAGAAGUGCUGAGGCGGACCUUGUGAUUUUUAUUUACUAUUUCCAGUCAGUCUGUCUUAGUUUUCUAGCUGGACUUAAGUUGUUUAUUUUCUAUAAAUAAGCACGUGAAGAAAAUCCCUUACCAAGUCAA